GUUCUUUAUGAGACAUUUUGGAGAGAGAGACCUAGGCAGGACACCCAGACCUCCUGAGUGCACACAGGGACCUUCGAUGGGCUCCAGGGUGAGCAAGCAGAUCCCAAUGGGUCUAUGGGGGUGGGAGCUCUGCUGUCUCCCCGAAGGUGCAGUUGCUCCCCACAAGGACUCCGGAAGCCGAGGGUGGAGUUGACAGGGCAGGAAGUCCCAGGCUGCAGCCCAGAAAGCUUCUGAUCCUGGCAGCAUGUGCUGGCCGCUGCUGUAUCCUUUGGUGCUGGGGCUCAGCAUCAGCCUGGCAGAGGGCAUCCAGACCCCCAGCAUCUACGAUGAUGUAGAGAGUACCAGGGGAAGCCAUGAAGGCCCUCUGGGUCCCACAGUAGAACUCAAGGAGCCGAAGUCCUCAGACAAGCCUAAUCCACGAGGCUACCCGGGCAAAUUCUGUGCCAACGACAGUGACACGCUGGAGCUCCCGGCCAGCUCUCAAGCACUGCUGCUGGGGUGGGUCCCCACGAGGCUGGUACCUGCCCUCUAUGGGCUUGUGGUGGCUGUGGGGCUGCCUGCCAAUGGGCUGGCGCUGUGGGUGCUGGCCACAAGGGUGCCACGCCUGCCAUCCACCAUUCUGCUCAUGAACCUGGCAGUGGCUGAUCUGCUGUUGGCCCUGGUGCUGCCACCACGACUGGCUUACCACUUGCGUGGCCAGCGCUGGCCAUUUGGUGAGGCUGCCUGCCGGGUGGCCACAGCUGCCCUCUAUGGCCACAUGUAUGGUUCAGUGUUGCUGCUGGCUGCAGUCAGCUUGGACAGAUACCUGGCCCUGGUGCAUCCUUUGCGGGCCCGUGCACUGCGUGGUCAACGCCUCACUACUGGACUCUGUUUGGUGGCCUGGCUCUCUGCAGCCACCCUGGCCUUGCCUCUCACUCUGCAUCGGCAGACCUUCCGAUUAGCUGGCUCCGAUCGCAUGCUGUGUCAUGAUGCGCUGCCCCUGACUGAGCAGACCUCCCACUGGAGACCGGCCUUCAUCUGCCUGGCUGUCCUGGGCUGCUUCGUGCCACUGCUGGCCAUGGGCCUGUGCUAUGGAGCCACCCUUCGUGCACUGGCGGCCAAUGGCCAGCGCUACAGCCAUGCACUCAGACUGACAGCCCUGGUACUGUUCUCGGCAGUGGCCUCUUUCACACCUAGCAAUGUGCUGCUGGUGCUGCACUAUUCAAACCCGAGCCCUGAGGCCUGGGGCAAUCUCUAUGGAGCCUAUGUGCCCAGCCUGGCACUCAGCACCCUCAACAGCUGCGUAGACCCUUUCAUCUACUACUAUGUGUCCCAUGAGUUCAGGGAGAAGGUACGCGCUAUGUUGUGUCGCCAGCCGGAGGCCAGCAGCUCCUCUCAGGCCUCCAGGGAGGCUGGAAGCCGAGGGACUGCCAUUUGCUCCUCUACACUUCUGUGACUGGUAGCUGAGGUGGGAAGGGGGCAUUCUGGCUUGACUGGGUCUCCCCUUAAACUACAUCCCUCUUGAACCCUCAGGACAUGACCUUAUUUGGAUAUGCAGUUGGUGCGACCUUCAUUAGUGGAGCUGAGGUCCACUGGAAAUGCUUUUGUAAAAGGUCUGGGUACUAUACGUCUGUCACUCCAGCACUAGGGAGGUGGAGAAGAGGAUCAGGAGUUCAGGAUUAUCUUUGACUGUAGUGAAUUUGGAGCUAGGCUGGGCUAUGUGAGAGUCCAGAGGCAGAAAGGAGUUAUGAGGUCACUAGCUAGAGGAUGCUGAGAAACCAGAAUGGAGUUUCCCUUAGAGCUUCAGGGGAUCCAGCCCUAGACACCCUGAUUUUGUCAAGGUGCCUCUUAGAACUUCAAACCUUUGUGCUUAGCAUGUGUCUGCACAGUGUAGAUGUGUCUGCACACAUAUAUUGUAUGUGCCUGCGGGUACACAGAGAGGCCAAAGGAUGAUGGGUGUCUACCUCAAUUCCUUCUCUACCAUUAAAUUUUUAAAAAAAUGCUAUAUAUAUAUAUA